AUGGGGAAGGGUUGCAAUCAGAGUUUCAGUGGAAGGAACAAGAAGAGCGAAAUUUAUGAAGAAGAAAGGGCAAAGAAAAGAGAAUAUGAGAUGAAGUAUAUGGGCAAAAGGGGAACACAGAACCCGUGUUCCCCUUUUGCCCAUAUACUUCAUCUCAUAUUCUCUUUUCUUUGCCCUUUCUUCUUCAUAAAUUUCGCUCUUCUUGUUCCUUCCACUGAAACUCUGAUUGCAACCCUUCCCCAUCCCCUCCGGUCAUCCCCUUCGGACAACGCCUCCGCUAGAGACAUCGCCUCCGGCAGCGAAGCCCUCCGGCUUUCUCUUCGACGCCGGUUAUCUUCUGCCCCUUUCUUCUCCAGCUCCGAUCAUGUCUGCAAUGUCACCGUCGUCGUCAUCUUCGCCUCCGUCUUCCGCUGCUUCGUCACCCUUUUCCGCUGCUUCGCCUGUGCUGCCUUUGCCUCCGACAUCUUCUGCAGGAGCAGGAAGCUCUUGUAUGCAGAACUGUGCUUAUACCUUGGAUUGGGGAAAAAGGAAUUAAGGCGAAAAUGGGAUCGAAUGGAGGAAGAUGACAAAUGGGUUUUGGCUGAAGAAUUCGUUUCAAAUUAG